CUCUGACUUUUCUACCAAAAUGUUUAACCUAUGUUUGCUCGCAUUUAUUUUUGCGUUAACCAGUGCUCAAAAUGUAGAUCCACGUUGCAAAGUUACCAAAUUCUCUCAAGUAGCAUCAGCGGUAGGCAACUGCACUGAUAUUGUCUUAAAUAAUCUAGUGGUACCUGCUGGAGAAACUUUAGAAUUGUACUUGAAACGUGGAGCCACCGUUACAUUCGAAGGAAUUACACUUUUCGAACACACGCCAUGGUCAGGACCUUUGAUUAGGGUUAAAGGUCAAGCAAUUACUGUUCAGGGUGCACCAGGUUCGUUGCUAAAUGGACAAGGUGAACUGUACUGGGACCAUAUUGGUGACUUUGGACCUAAAAAACCGCAGUUCAUGAAAAUAGAAGCAUCGGAAGAUUCAGUAUUCAGAAAUCUCAAUGUAUUAAAUUGUCCACACCAUUGUAUCUAUAUUGGAAUAUCCGAUAGAGUGACUCUAACUGGUUGGAUUAUAGACAAUUCCUAUGGGGAUCAUAACAACUUCACAGGACACAAUACGGACGGUUUUGAUGUUUCGGGAGCAACAAACCUCAUCAUCGAAAAUAGCCAAGUUAUCAACCAAGACGAUUGCGUUGCCAUCAGACACGGAGCGAACAUCCUUGUCAGAAAUAUGUACUGCUCCGGAGGUCAUGGAAUCAGCAUUUCUGUCGGUUUCAGCUACUUUAACUAUACAGAAAACACGUUGUAUAAUGUAACGGUGCAGGAUUCUGUUAUUGUUCGUUCUGCUAACGGAAUUCACCUCAAAACGCAUUCUGAUGCUUAUAAAGGAGAGAUGAAGAAUAUUACUUACAAAAAUAUAUAUUUAUCAGGUCUGCAGAAUUAUGCUAUUAACGUCCAACAAGAUUACGUGAACGGCAGUGCUACCGGCAUACCCAGCAACAACAUCCCGAUACAUGAUUUCAAUUUAAUGAAUAUCGUAGGAACUUUUGAUGAAGAAGCAGAUGGUACCUUGCCUGUCUACAUUAACUGCGGUAAAGGAAGCUGUGACGGUUGGAACUGGUCUGGAGUAGAGCUAACCGGAGCUACAAACAGCAGUUUUUGUAAUAAUUACGAGCCGAAAGGAUAUCCGUGUCUUUCACCUAGCGAAUAAUAAAACAACCUUUAAACAAACCUGUCUAUAAUAUUUUUAAAAUAAAGAUACAAAAUUAUAGAUAAAUACCUUUUAUUUUUGUGUUACCUAGCCUAAAUGAUACCCCAGUAUAUACUUUAAAAAUUUAACAAGUUGAUAAAAUUAAAAAUAAAAAGUGUAGACUAGAAAUAAUUGAGAUAAAACUAAAUGAUUUUUAAUAUUGUACAGAGUGAUACUUAAAUUUUAUUUAGAAUAUUACAAUAAAUGUUACUUAGUUGGUUUAUGUCAGAUUUAUAAUUAAUAGUGUUUUUAGUUUUAUUAAUGUAGUACAUUUCCAGAAAUAACCUAUUCUUGUGUCCACUGUCCGAAAGUUUGUUUAAGUGUAAUGCUGUUUUUAUUUAAAAUUUUAUUCGAUUGACUCAAAUCCUGUAAGUAGUAAUUUUAAAUUAUUUUAUUAGUGUAUUGUUUCAUUUAAAAAUCUUGUAGUUCGCUCCUGAUGAAGCUAUUAAACAAUGGCGAAAUAUUGAGCAAGUAAGGAAAAGAGUUUUAUUUCUUAGGAC